CCCUCAGGUCAAUUCGCCGGGUUGAUUUCAAAGCAACGGGAUUCGCCAUUAACUCGCGGCCAUAGUAUAUAAAGAGAAGACGACGCGCCGUAGCUUGUAGUCAGUAGCCACCAUUAUCUCUUUCUUCAUACUGUAACUCGGAAACACCAUGUCUCUCCCUGACGUCGACAUCAAGCCCGCGGAGGGUAUCUCCUACUUCACCCCGGCCCAGGAGCCUCCUGCGGGAACUGCAGCCAACCCCCAGACCAACGGCCAGGUCGUCCCUAAGCUCUUCCAACCCCUUACCAUUCGGGGUGUGACAUUCCCGAACCGCAUUGGCGUGAGUGAUCCCGUUGAAAUCUUCGGUUAAGACAUAUCCUAACGUUUUUGCACAGUUGGCUCCUCUCUGCCAAUACUCCGCUCAGGAUGGCCACAUGACCGACUGGCACGUUGCCCACCUUGGUGGCAUUGCCCAGCGUGGCCCCGGUAUGAUGAUGAUUGAGGCCACUGCAGUCGUCCCCGAAGGCCGCAUUACCCCGCAGGACGUUGGAUUGUGGAAGGACUCUCAAAUUGAGCCGAUGCGCCGUGUGAUCGAGUUCGUUCACAGCCAGAACCAGAAGAUCGGUGUUCAGAUUGCCCACGCCGGCCGCAAGGCUUCCACUGUUGCUCCCUGGGUCAGCUCAACUGUCGUUGCGACGGAGAAGGUUGGCGGAUGGCCAGAAAACGUCAAGGCCCCCAGUGAUAUUCCCUUUGCCGACUCGUUCCCGAAGCCCAAGGCCAUGACCGAGGGGGAAAUCGAGGAGUUCAAGGCAGCCUGGGGUGCUGCUGUGAAGCGCGCUAUUGCUGCUGGCGCAGACUUCAUUGAAAUCCACAACGCCCAUGGAUACCUCCUUUCUUCGUUCCUUUCGCCUGCUGCCAACAAGCGGACUGACAAGUAUGGUGGCUCGUUUGAGAACCGCACCCGUUUGCCUCUCGAGAUCGCCCAGUUGACCCGUGAUGCCGUGGGCCCGCAGGUUCCCGUGUUCUUGCGUGUUUCGGCAACCGACUGGCUCGAGGAGUCCCUCCCCGAAGAAAGCUGGAGGGUGGAGGAUAGUGUGCGCUUUGCGGAGGCUCUUGUCGCUCAGGGUGCUGUCGAUCUGAUCGAUAUCAGCUCUGGAGGCGUUCAUGCCGCGCAGAAGGUCAAGUCUGGCCCUGGUUUCCAGGCUCCAUUUGCUGUGGCCGUCAAGAAGGCCGUCGGCGACAAGCUCGUUGUUGCUACUGUCGGGGCCAUCACCAACGGCAAGCAGGCCAACCGGUUGCUUGAGGAAGAGGGGUUGGAUGUCGCUCUGGUCGGACGCGGUUUCCAAAAAGACACAGCCACAGUGUGGACAUUCGCCCAGCAUUUGAAUGCUGAGAUCUCCAUGGCCAACCAGAUCAGAUGGGGCUUCACCAGACGGGGUGGCACUCCUUACAUCGACCCCUCCGUGUACAAGAGCUCCAUCUUCGACUAAGUGUUUUGUUUUUGUUUUAGCCUGUGUAUAGACUAUGAUUCCUGUCGGAUAUAUAUUGAUAGACUGAUUUGUCGACAAGCCCCUUUAUAAUUGAAAAUAGACGUUCUAAUCACAUUUUCCCGGUUUAAGCCCGCGAUUUAAAUAGAGUGAC